AUGGCCAAAGCUCUUGUUAAAUAUUUAGGUAUUGCUCUUGUGUUAAUACUUGUGACUUUUCUGAUAUGCUCGGAAGCCAGGUCUAAUAAAUCAAGCUCAUCCUCUUCGCGCACCAUCAGAUUUCCUCUCUACCACAGAGAAAAGUUCUUAGCUUCAAACUUCAAGGACCAACGCUCCCUUGUCCGGACUCGUUUGGCCCGCGACAAUGCGCGCUUUCAUCGUCGUCAUGCAUCAUCUUCUGCUCAGUUUCACAAGCACUCUGGGAAUGAUCUUAACCAUACUGCCGUGCUCGAGGAAGGCGGGGAGUACGUCACCGUUUUGAAAGUGGGAAGUCCGUCGCAGAACGUGCAGCUACUUGUGGACAUAGGCACGCCUUUGACAUGGUGGCAGUGCCAGCCCAAUUGCAAGUAUUGCUACUCCACGCCGCACCACAUUUUUGAUACGAGCAGGUCGUCCACGUAUACCGAGACAAAUUGCGCCGAGGGAUUCUGCGAUGUAACCCAGCUUUUUAUACUGGGUUGCAUUCGCCGCGACGAUCCCAAGUGCCAUUAUAGGGUUCAAUACGUGGACGGGUCUGUCUCCCAAGGCGUCAUGGCGAGAGAUGUUGUCGCCACCUCUGAGGGUGUGACUCUCCAUAACUCUUUCUCUUUCGGAUGUGGACGAAGCAAUCAAGGUGUGACAAUGUUCAAUGCGGACGCUACGGGGAUCCUAGGGUUUGUACCGGGCGGAUAUUCGCUUCCCUCUCAACUCCAGGCUAACACAUUCACCUUCUGUCUCCCUACUUACAAUACCACUUCGAGUGGAAGUCUGUACCUGAAUUAUUACCCAUCGGCUUUUCAGUAUUCAAGUAGAUCGAUGUUGAUUAUUAUAAUGGGCCACUAUUAUUUGGAUUUCAGCGGGGUAGAAAUUAACGGGGAAGCAAUUCCAAUUCCUCCAGAGAACUGGCAAUGUGAUCGGGAAGGGGUUGGCGGUGUGAUUAUUGACACAGGGAGCACCAUAACCAGGUUCCCCAAGAAAGCCUAUGACAUAUUCAAAGACUAUUUCCUGCGUAACGCUCAGGGCUUGCCUUUAUCGCAACCCGAAGAGCAGUUAGAUACUUGCUUCAAUGUGGCAGGUGUCGGAGAGUGGGAAGGCUUCGUCCCUAAGGUUAGAUUUUUGUUCAAGUGGCCGUCUGGUCGGCCCCUGGAGUUCGAAACCGGUCAGCUUCUGAUGUCGGUGGGCAAUAACAAAUAUUGCCUUGCAUUUGGCGCAGGAGGACCCACCACAAUCAUUGGGAGUUGGCAGCUACAAGGCUCGCUUGUUGGCUUCGAUCUUCCUAAUCAUCUUGUCGGAUUUCUUCGUGCAAGUUGUUAA